AUGUCCGGUUAUGGUGUAGGACUAGAGGCCGCCCUUGGAGAUCCGAUCGGGGGGCUCUACACGUCCAAUGCCUCAGCACCGCUUCAGCAACAAGCUGGUGUACGACAGAUUUACGACUUUGGCCUGUAUUCAUAUUGCGGCUAUGUCAAUGCCACUGCAGGCAGAUGCUCUAAUAUCUCCGCCGCCAACCGCUUUGAGCCUCUCCAGAUCAUCACCGCUGACAUGCUUACGAACUACUCCGCCUAUACGGAUUCCAUUUUCACCUCGCCGAACACGUUCACCGACUCUAAAUAUCUCGGCGACUUCUCUAAUGGUGCUUAUUACCCGCUACUGAUUGGCACCGUCUGCGCUGCUCUCGCGCUGUUCGUCUUCAUGCUCCUGAUAGGCGCAGCCAUUUGGACUGUCAUCAUCAAAAAAGCAGAGACAAUCAAUGACUUGAUGGUCGGGAAGGCAUCUUCACCUACACCACUGGGGAUUGUCGUGUCCAUGGGCAACGGGGUGUAUCUUGCGUGGGCUGCAUUUGCUUGCCUCAUCGCGUCCGUAUUGCCAUAUAUGAUCAGAAUAAAUUGUUUCACAAGGCCGGCACCGAAAAAGAAGGAAGGGGAGAAGGGCAAAACGACUAGCCCACCGCGAGGGUCGAACUCGCAGCCUUCAGAUGCACCCGCUUACGGGCUUGUCGUCCUAACACUCUCGUCACCUGAACCCGAGUUAAACUUGGUCGCUCUUGGUGAUCCGAAACUUUACCCAGAUCCACUGGCUGCGACAGUAAUUGUCGCACUCUUCUCUAGCGCCCACUGUGCCGUGCAGAAGGUCUCGCGGAAUGGCAGAUAUCUGUACACAGCGGAUGGCAAUAGAUUCUACAUCAAGGGUGUUGCGUACCAAGAACAGGGUGCGGUCAUUGCGACAGCCAACAACCCUUUUCUGGAACCCUCUACGUUCAUUGACCCUCUCGCGAACAGCACUUCGUGUGAACGAGACCUACCAUACCUGAAGCAGCUUAAUGUCAACGCCGUUCGCAUAUACAGCGUGAAUUCUUCGCUGAACCACGACGACUGUAUGAAUAACCUCAGCAGUGCUGGGAUUUACACAAUCGAAUGGUGUGGGGAUGCUGACCCGAGUGUUUACGAUGGCACAAACGGGGACUUCGCGGGAUACAAUAUUCCGGCCUACUUUAGUGAAUACGGCUGCGUCACAUCACCCCCGCGUCUGUGGACGGAGGUUCAGGCACUGCUCAGCGCUCCAAUGACAGAGAUUUGGUCGGGUGGCGUUGCCUUUAGUUAUUUCCCGGCCAGCAGCGCAGCCGGGCAGUUCGGGAUGGUCACCAUAAAUCCGAACAACACCGUGACCGUCAGCAGCGACUUCACGCGUCUGCAGGAGCAAUACGCCAACGUGACACCUCCGGACGCGCCCAGCCAGAGUAGUGCCGGGUCGACAGCGUAUCCCGGCUGCCCGUCGGAGAAUUCGACAUUCAGCGCGUCUACAACGCUACCGCCGACACCUAACGAUGCGGCGUGCAGCUGUCUCGAGAAUGCCCUUAGCUGCCAGUUCACGCCAACGACUUCUAACACGUCCGCCAUCGUCGGGACACUCAUUAACACGGCAUGCUCGCUCCUCGGGGCCCAAGGCGGGAACUGCGACGACAUAGCCGGGAAUGGCACAACCGGCGUGUACGGACGGGCAUCCGCCUGUGACCCUUCCGUCCAGCUAUCGUUUGUCAUGAGUGAAUACUACGAAGCGACCAACCGGAAUGCGCAGUCUUGCGACUUUUCGGGAAACGCGACGAUCAACAGCCAGGCGCCAUCUAGCGUGUCUGCGGCGGCGGUUGCAACCUCGUGCGUCUCGAACCCCUCUGCGACGUUCACGCCGAGUGCCCCCGCGACUGCGUCUGGAGCUGCAGGAUCUGGCACAUCCCACGGGAAUGCAAGCGGGUCAGCCCACAUGCUGAACAGCCCGCGGGCGCUGCUCCGGUUUGGGGUGGUAGUUAUUAUUAGCAUCGCGGGCGGUCUGCUGACGGUGAUGUGA